UUGCGGAAGCCAAACGACUAGAACUAGGGUUAGGGUUUUCUAAAUCGUCAGAGCACAAUAAGCAAACCAAACUAAUCGGAACGAUGAUCUACGAUGUCAACUCACCCCUCUUCCGAUCCUUCCUCAGCCAGAAGGGAGGCUCCUCCGAUAAGAGGAAGUUGGAAGAGCAGAAGCCCAAGGAACAUAGGCCAAAGGCCAGUGAGAACAAGCCCGUAAUGAAUGAGUGAAAGAAUCUUGGCAUGAUAAGCAAUGGAUCGGUUUAGAAUUCUAGGCUCUUAAUAUGAUUAGUAUUUUGUUUAAGACAAGUUUUUUGCGCUGUCGGCAUAUCCGUAUCUUUUCAAACAAUACAUUUGUAGUUAAAAGUUCUUUUCACCAUCCGAAUCAUGAUUUAGUAUGUUUAGAAAUGUAGUUCCUAUUGGAAUGAAACAUGAAGUAUUCUCAUCCUGCAAAUAGCCUUAAGUAUGAGGCGAGGUGAUUUUCACCAACUGCAAUGCUUAUAAAGUGAGACCUUUUCACUCC